CUUCAAUAAAUUUUUAUUUCACAAUCUAAACAAAUACGAGUAAAAAUAUUCUUGCAAACAUUUGGUUUGAUAGUCAAAUCCAAAAUCUAAACCCAUUUGAGAAGCACCAUAAUUUUUACUACAUGAAAAUUAAAGCAAGAGAUAACCAUGGAAUUAUUCAAGCACUCAUACACCUGUUUAUUUUAAAAAAAGAAAGAAAAAAACAAAUACUACUUGAAAAAAAAGAAUUGUAUUUUGGGCGGAGGGAUUUCAAAUAUUUGGAGAGUUGUCUCUUCCGCUGCUCUACUAAGCUCCAAAAUCCUAUUCUGACAUUUCGCCCCUUUCCUCCAUAUCCAAUAAUCCAGGUAUUUUUCCUCUUCUCUGCUACAUUUCAGUCUUCCCUGAGCUUUAUCAACUAUUCCCGAGCUGGGGUUUCGUCUUGUAUCAACUAUUGCGUGAGUUGUUUAGAUCUAUGAUUAAAAAUCGAGUCUUGAAUCUUGCUCCACUGUUGUUCUAUUGCCGAUAUUUUGUUCAUUUGGUAGAGUGCCAGUAUGAGUUUCAAUAAUGUUUUUUUCUAUGAAGUGAAUGGGGAAUCUUGAAUCUUGCUCCACUGUUGUUCUAUUGCCGAUAUUUUGUUCAUUUGGUUGUGCAGGAAAAGAGUGCCAGUAUGAGUUUCAAUAAUGUUUUUUCCUAUGAAGUGAAUGGGGUGAGGUAUUACUAUGAGAUGGUGCCUCCACAGCAUAAUGAGAUGGUGCCUCCACAGCAUAAUGAGAUGGUGCCUCCACAGUAUAAUGAGAUGGUGCCUCCACCCCAGUACAGUAUGAUGAUGCAGCAGCCUCCACAAUACAAUGACAUAGUGCCACCUCAGCCUCACUUCUCCGGGAUGACGUCUGCUGCUGCGUUUCACGGGAUGCCGACUCCCGAUUCGUUCUACAUGAUGCAACCUACUGCUCCGUUCCAAGGGAUGCCACCUACUGCCCAGUUCCACGGGAUGCAACCUACUGCUCCGUUCCAAGGGAUGCCACCUACUGCCCAGUUCCACGGGAUGCAGCCUACUGCUUCGUUCCAAGGGAUGCCGCCUACUGCCCCGUUCCACAGGAUGUCACCUGCUGCUUCGUUCCACGAGAUGCCACAUGCUGCUCCGUUCCACGGGAUGUCACCUGCUGCUUCGUUCCACGGGAUGUCACCUGCUGCUUCGUUCCAUGAGAUGCCACCUGUUGCUUCGUUCCACGAGAUGCCACCUGCUGCCUCGUUCCACGAGAUGCCACCUGCUGCUUCGUUCCACGGGAUGUCACCUGCUGCUUCGUUCCACGGGAUGUCACCUACUGCUCCAACACCAAAUCACUUGCCAGAUUACAGGAGGUUUUGGGUGGCACUUCAGGUAUGUAACUAGGUGCAUAUAGUUUGGUUGGUUGGUGCUGCCUCAUUUUCAUGUGUAGUGCUUCUUGUAGGAAAACAUAAAACAUUGAUAUAUUUAACUACACAAUUAGGAGUAUUUGAUUCAUUACGGUUUAAGAUCUCUUAACCUUUUAAUUCAUAUAGUAAAUACAGAAACGUCACAAUUACGCAUAAAAUAUUCAAGAAUUUUCAAUCGAUCGGACAUACCGUGUGUUCCAUCGGCGAUCUGCUCAGGCGAGACGAUUAGCCAAAUCUACGUACUGUUUUUUUCUCUAUCUUGCUUUCUUUUUUUCCCCCUUUUAUUUUUCCUUUUAUGUCGCCUGGGUUUGAGUAGGUUA